AUGGCCGUGUCGAUCUACGGUGCCAGGGUUGACGUUCUACGCGAAGAAUAUUUGAUAUCGCGAAUUCGCUCGACCACACAAUCGCUAGAAGGUUCUGGCGAAUCUUCAGUUGCUCGAAACGAGGAACAGAGCAAACCCGAAGCUGGUAGUUGUGAUGAGGGCGUUGGUAGUGAAGCGGAGACCAUUCUCCCUUCUCUUAAUGCAUCCCCCAAUUCCGAUGCAGCUGACGCAGAAAAUCCAGGGGAGCCCGUGCCUCAGAAAGAAAUUAUCAAGUUGUACAAAAGCUCCCGUCUGAAGGGCUACAUUACGCUAUUUCUAGCUUCCUUUAUAAACUACGAUGCUUCUCAAAAAAGCAGCGAUGUCAUUUCAUCUAUUGCAGUUCCAUCAACUUCCCAGCAGCGCCGAUAUUCUGUCGCCGUAUCUGUGGUGAGCCUGGUCGUAUCCGGGGCUGCCUUACUGUCACACUUGGAUCGGGUAACACCGCUGGAAAAAGUCUGGAUUUCGGCUUUCAAGUCGAAAAGCCGCUUUGAGCUUUUCCUUGCCCUCUUCUUGGUUUUAUGGUGGUCAAUUGCAGUUGGAAUUGAAACAACUGUUAAGGGAAUAGCCGGUGACGGAAAAGAACAGUACAGCUUAUACUACAGUGCAUGGACCUGUUGCUUCUCAAGCUACUGGAUCCUAGAACGCUGGUGGGUAGACUGCGGUUUGGCAAGUUUUAAAUCAUUUAUUACCAGUUGGCCGUACCGAGCGCCAGGGUGGCUCUGUAUUCUAUUUUUGAACGCUUUCACGUUUGCUUGGUAUAUGGAUCUUUGGAGAAAUCAUAGUGGUCUUGAUGAUGGAAGGCUGGCAUCGAUUCUUAUUUACAGGCAAUUUGAUGAGGUAAAAGAUGGCUUGUGGCAGUUUUUGAUCAUCAUGACAGUAUUCACUUUUGUUCCAUCAUUAGCGUUUGUCCUAGCCGAGAUCUUUCGAGAGACCAAGCCGGAUGGUAGCAAUGAAGAGAAAAGCCGCGCCGAAAACACAGCUGAAGGAGUAUCGCUCCUGUUGCUUGUAGUAGGAUGGGUUCCGGCGAUCAUGAUGGCCACAACCCCCGGGGGGCCUGCUUCGCUAGUAGGGAAUGCGUAUUUCUUUUCAUGGUUCUUGGCUAUCUUCAUUGCUGAAACAGCCGUCUGGUUCGUCCACGAUUUGCGGCAGGCAAUUCACAAAUCGCUCCGCGAGCGAAACGCUGAAUAUCAAGAAAAGCAAAGGCAAGUACUAGAGCGAGCCCGCACAAUUCAGCAGUUAAAAGAGGAGGAAGAAACGAGAUCGAACAGAAACAUUAGACUCGAACGCGCGAGCACGGAGUUCUUUGAUGCAGUCGACGAGUAGCGACAAACUUUCAAUCC